UGCAAUCAGCUGAUGAGUGCCCUUUGUUCUAUAUCUACAGAUACUCGGUUUCAGCUUGUUUUGCCUGUGCACCGGUUGCAUCAUUCAACGUAACUGUUGCAUUCGAACUAUACACGGAUAGGUCUACAAAAUAUAUUAUACAAAAGGAUAACGUCUAUCUCGGGAAAUCAGAACCACUUUUGAUGCUGUUAUCAAAGGCUGCUGGAUGAGGGCUACUAUCAAAGUCCUACAUCAUCGCAAGAGCCUUACGUUAAUAUUGCUGAUUAUCAAUAUAUAAUUGAACUAUUAAUAUUAAUUGAGCUACUAUUCUCAAUCAAUCUCCAUACAGCUUGUGAAGGAUCAUAUAAAUUUUGCUAAAGAUCAACCUUUCGGCUUGGAUUGCGUCUGGAUACAAAUUUACGAAACAUAUAUGUGUUCGAAAUGGAAUUUCACCACUGAUCCAGCCUUCCUGAGGGUAUUGGGUAACAGCAAACUGAUAUAAGUAUUGGUUUCACAAUUAUUAAGUUAAUUAAAUAUUUCACAAGCCUUCAUUUUUUAUCUUGAAUCAGUUUAAUAGGUAGGUAGGUUUAAAUGGCCUGAAUCAGUUUAAUAGGUAGCCUACUUCAAGUAUAUGACCACAUUUUCAAGCCCUUUUGUCUCUUGUAUCUUGGAUAAAUCAAUUCAAUAUUCCAAGAAUGGCCACUUUCAGAAGUCCAGGUGAGCUGUCCGAUUGGAGAAUGAUUGACUUGAGCCAUGAUGAGGUCAUGAAGGCUCUGGCGCAACCUCUUCAUAAACCUUCUAUCGACAAAGUCUGUCAUCUGACUUGUAUGGUCAUCACUGAUUAUGAUGAAAACAUCACUGAUUAUGAUGAAAACAUCACUGAUUAUGAUGAAGCUUUGAACGGAUUUUCCAAAGUAAUAAGUACAGUAGAGUUUGCCUCAAUAGCAGACCAAUUGCACAAUACUUAUGGCCCACUACAUGAUGACAAAUACACCGAAUUAAAUCCCCACUCCAAUCAAUUGGAGCCCAUCUCUUCGACAUCAUCAACUACACAUGAAAGAAAACCAGAAAUGAUGUAUGAAAAACUGGAAUUAUCAUCUCCCUCCAAUCAAUUCUUGGAACCCAUCCCUUCGACAUCAUCAACUAAGCAUGUAAAACCCCCAGAAAUGUUGCAUAAAGAACUGGAUUUGAAUCAUGGGGAGGUUUCAAACACUACAGAGAAUUUGAGUUCUGAAAUAGAAUUGCUAGGUAGAUUCAAUGAACACAUUUUCUCGAGCAUUGAUACUACUCAAUAUGAAAAUUUUCGAGACUUUUGUUUGAUGUAUUUAGGAAAAGCUCUCGAAGUGAAACCCCAGAAGUUGACCAAUCUUUCCCUCAGUGGAAAUUCAGUUACAAGCGAAUUGCUCAUUGAAUUUUUAAAAUACUUGCCAAAAUCUGAAAUUUGUUCUCUUGAUUUACCAAAAGUAGUUGAAAAAAUACCUUCUCACUCGAGUGAUAAUUCAGAUGAUGUAGAUUUUUCAGAUGAUGAUGAUGAUGAUGAUGAUGAUGAUUAUUAUUAUUACGAUGACGAUGAUGAUGAUGAUGAUUGUGGAGGUCCUCGAAUACCUUGGUUAAAACAUUUUAUUGCUACUUCUGCUGCUGAAGAAGAAGAUGAUGAUGGUGAUAAUGAUAAUGAUGAUGAUGAUGCUAAUCAUAGUGAUAAUAAUAAUAGAGGGUGUCUUAAUACAAUGUAUAAAUUGUGCUGCGGUUGUAGGAGGAGGAAUACAACUAAUUAUACAUCAUCUGAAAUUGGUCAUAAUAAUGAAACUAAACAUGAUGAGGAAGUUCAUGAAAAUUGGUUACAAUAUCUUGCAACAAUAUUGAAAGACACCAAAAUAAAAUCUCUAAAUUUUAAUAAUAAUGUCAUCAACUUGGAAAUGCUUUCUUGUUCACUGGUUGAUACAGAAAUAUCCUAUCUUGGUUUAAGAUCAUGUGAAAUAAAAGAUAAUGGCUUAAAAUGUUUGGCAAGUGUUUUGAAUGAUACAGAACUCACCUCCAUAGACUUGAGUAACACUGCAUUGGACUGUGAGAGAUUGAAGAUGCUUGUAAACGGUUUGGUAGGGACAACUAUUACAUCUCUGAACCUAAGUUCAAAUAAAAUAGGUGUUGAGGGACUAAAAUAUUUGGGUGGUGUUUUGAAAAACACAGCAAUCACAACCAUUGAUCUCAGUGGAAAUAUGUUGAGUCAUGAAUGCAUAGAAGUAUUUGCACCUUAUCUUGUGGGUUCAAAUAUUACUUCUCUAAAUUUGAGGAGCAAUCAGAUAGGCGAUGAUGGUGUGAAAUGCCUAGCACAUGCUUUGACGAAUAAGGAAACAAAUAUAGAAUCAAUAGAUUUGGGAUCAAAUGAUCUGUUUGAUUUGCAAACAUUGGCAAUUUGUUUGUUGAAUACGAGGAUCACAUCUCUCAGUUUGAGUGGAAAUUAUCGAUUUAUUUCAAAUAGCCCAAAUGCCUUUGAAGAUUUUUGUAAGCAAUUGACGAAUAUCACCUCAAUUGACCUCAGCAAAUGUAAUUUGCGUUGCAAUCAUUUGAAACUGUUGUCAUCAGGCUUAGCUGACUCAAACAAUACGUCACUCAAGUCACUCAAUCUAAGCCAGAAUGGAAUAGAAGUUGAUGGUAUUAGUUCUCUGGUUGAUAUCUUGAAGAAACAUAGAAUUGCUUACCUGGAUAUCAGUAAUAACUUCGGUGAGCAAGUAGGCCUAUGUUCAAAACUAUUAGCAUGUUUAAAUCAAACCAAUGUGGAAUCUCUAAAAUUAGAGGGAAAUAUGAUGGAUUUCAAGAGUUUAGGAGAUGGUUUAGUAGGAUCUAGCCUUACUUCAAUUCAUCUUGGAGACUGCACUCACCGAUUCAGUUCAUAUCAGAAAUGUGCUCAUUCCUUUGCAAGUUUAAAAUUGAAUUCAAACAUCACUUCACUGACUUUAGAUUGCAGUGGUUGUCAUAAAGACACUGAUUUUGAAGAACUGGUUUCUGUUCUUGAAUAUACAUCGAUCACUUCACUCAGCCUGAGAAAGUUUCCUUCACAAUGCAAUAGGUUGACAAAUCUGUUAUUGCACCUGCCUGAUACGAAAAUCACAUCACUCAUUCUCAAUGGAAGCACAAUUUGCGGUAAUAUAUUUUAUUUGGCAUCUGUUCUACAAUUUACUAGCAUCACCUCUCUCGACCUAAGUGAUUGUGCCAUUUUUGAAGGAAAUCAUAUUAGUGAAGUUCAAAACAAGAUUGACUCAAACAAUGACUCACUUAUUCUGAGAAAUAGAGAUUUGUGCUUUUUCAGUGUUUGUUACUUGGCACGUCAACUAUGUCGAACAAAAUUCAAUAAGCUCAACCUAUCUGGUAAUAAAAUGGCAUACAAUGCUUUGAAAUAUCUCUCUCAGGGACUGUUGGGCUCACAAAUUGUUGAACUUGAUUUGAGUUCCACCAGAGUAGAUUGUUGUGGCGUCUACUAUCUAGCUCAAGUGCUUAGACACACUUGGAUAUCAUCACUGAAUCUAUCACACAAUGAAAUUGCCUGUAAGGGUAUCAAGUAUUUGGCAGAUGCUCUUGUCGGCUGUCAAAUGAAAUCACUCGAUUUGAGUCAAAAUCGUAUUAAAGAUGAAGGUAUCCAACAUUUGGCUCAACAUUUUUCAAAUACUGGCAUUUCUGAAAUAAAUUUGCGUAGAAAUGGAAUUGAAAUCCAAACAGCAUAUCAGUUUUUCAACAGUGUGAAACAAAGAAACAUGAAUCAAAUGAGAAAGAAUGUGACAAAGGUUCAUUUUAGCAGAUAUAUGCUUGGCUAUAUGGGUUUGUAUAAAUACUCAGAUUGCAUUGUUGAAAUUUGUAAACCAUUCAACAGAGAUGAUGUUAAUUGUCUAAUUAAGGAUACCUAUGGAAAACUGGGUAUAACAAAAUUGCUUUUGAAGGGCGAAAACUUUGCACAUUAUUUGGGAACAUUAGACAACAUUAGCAUCACAGAAUAUGAACACCGCUUCAGCAGAAGACCUAGGUUUGUCCUUGAUGAUGAUUGUCCAAUAGUUGACAUACCUCCCAUACUUUUGAAUAGCAAUAUUGCUGUACUUAGUCUGAAUUAUUUGAAUUAUCGAAUAAGUCUGAUGGCACAAAAUGAAUCAAUUUUGAAAGUAAAAGUCAUUUCACUAAAAUUGGUAAGAACAGUCGAAGACCAUUACAAAAAACAUUUUUACAGAUCGCCAGAAAAUAACUGCAACAUUGAUAUCCGCUAUUUUAAAGCACUGAUUAGCAGCAAUAUUUUUUACCUGGAUUUGAGUAAUACCUAUACAACCUGUUAUGAUAUUGAGGUAUUGGCCGAAUUUUUGAAGGAUACCAACAUAAUUUCUCUGAAUUUGAGCAAUAAUAGUUUGGAAGCAAGAAGUGUUGAGUUUUUAGCCAACGUUCUUCCCCUAACUCGAAUCAUUUACAUAGAUUUGAACGGAAAUACAAUUAACUAUUCAGGUUAUGAAUAUUUUCUAAAAGCAGCUCCCAAAUCGAGUGUUUGUUGGCUAUCACUUGCAAACAAUAAUAUUGAAGGAGGAUUGCAAGAAAACAUAGAAUUAUCACCUUUCAUCGUGCCACGAGCCGAUACACCAAUCGAGUUCCAAAUACGCUAUUUGUUCAUAGAGUUGGUCUCACUGAAUUCAACCGGUGAACAAUUUGAAUUCAUUGUUCCCCGCGAUGAAUCAGUCAUGACCAUCAGUCACUAUCCACAUCUACUCAAACAUCUGCCACACUACAAAAUCCACAUCUAUGACUAUUUCUACAUGCUGACCAUGAGACACGACAUUCACAUGCUAAAUAAAGUGAACUCUUUUGUAGAAGAUAUGAAACACAAAUUCAACACGUUCAUUGAAAGCAAAAUGAUGCAAUUGGGAGAGAGAUUCGGCUACGACUGUUUUGUGAUUCUUGUAAGAGAAUGCGAUCGUUUAGACUUGUCAGAGUUUGUUGAUUUGCUAUUGCUGCAUAGAUCACUGUAUUAUGUGGAUGAUGAACAGAACUUCUUGCAUCCGUACAUCUACAAAAUGUUGCAUGAAUAUAAGUUGCCAUUGUACAAUGCAGACAUCGAACCAAAUAAGAGACAGCAGAUAAUAUUUUACUUUGAGCAGCACUCAGGUUUUGAUUGUGCUCGUGAGAUUAUUAAUUUGCUUAGUGAAUUACAAGUAUAAAAAGAAUUUCUUUCUCUCUUUUUUAUUGAUCAUGGCUGUAUUUAAAUUUUACAUAACUUUGUCAUAACUGACAUGCCUGACAUCUAUAGUUUUUUAACGGUAUAGAUUAGUAUUAAUAUUUUUCAAAUCAAUUAUAUAGUAAUAAUAUUAUAAGAGGUAAAUUGAUGUCAUUAUUUAUUAUACAAUCAGUAAGGCUUUGUAUUGUCAAUUUGAAUAAAGUGGUAUUAAUAAUAUUAUUUUAUUUGAAUGAAUAAUUAUGAAGUAUUAUUAUUAAACAAAAAUCAAAAUUAAAUGGUGUAAAUCACCUGAUUAAUUCUCCUUCCUAUAACUUCUAAGAGCACCUGAAAAUGUUGAUGUUAAUCUUUGUAAAAUUGGAAUUUAAUAAAAAAAAAACAAACAAUCUACCAAUUUUUGAUUUGAAAUACACCAUGUUUGGUUUUUCGUAUGGUGUAUAUCUUACAGUACCUCUAUUAUACGCUCAUAUGGCCCGCCGCAAAGUAGACCCACGCUAAUCCACGAAAAGCAACCCACGCCGUGGGAUGUUUUGUAAACCAUUGAUAUAGACGAAUUAUUCAUAAUCAAUCAGCUGACAAGUGCAUUAUUCAUUGCAUGUAUUACACAGAUGAUGUCUGGAGAAGCUUAGCAAAACCACAGAGAACUAUAACUCCUCCUACUUUGUGGCAAAACAUCCCACGGCGUGGUUUGCUUUCCAUGGGUCUACUUUGUGGUGGGCCUAUAGUUGGGCCUAGUCAACUAUGACCAUCCUAUAACUGAAGACGCGAUCGAUCUAUCCAGGAAUGCCUCGUCAUAAUAAUUUAAAGUAGUCUACAGCACUGAUUUCAUCAUAAAAAAUGAUAUAGAUAGUCAAUUUCGAAUAAAAUAACAAACCACGCCGUUACUUGAGAUGAGUAACAACUCAAGAGAAUUGGUGCAACAACAGAAACUAGUCUCUCAAAAUGUUUUUAUAAAAGUUUGGUUUGGAAAAUGUAAUGUUGGCUCUAUUUCUAAACUCAUUUUGUUUCUUUUAAAAAGUCAAAAGUAAAUCAGUUUUUGCUUUUAUUUUUAUACAAUUUAAAAGCAUACAAAAUAUAUUUUUAGGGAAAAUGGUAUUAUUUCCAUUCAAUGAAGACUAGUGCAGUGGUCUCUUUGAUGACGCCAAAAAUAUAGGCCUAUAAUAUAUUCAUGAUUAUUAAACAAGAAUCCAAAAUCUACAUCGUGACCCACUUGGUCUGUUUUCAGUAGGUGACCUGAGAAUAGAAUAGAAUACAUUAACCAUGUUUACAAAAUUUCAGUGGGAAGAUUCUGAUGAUAAUAGUAUGGAAUUUUUUAUCAGCAUGGUUUGCCAAGACAUUCUAAAAUGUCUUUUAAACUCACUCAUAUUAUAAAGUGAUAUUAUAUUUUCAAAAGGUCACAAGUUGUGAGGUCUCGUAUUAUUAUUACGUUUCUGUUGGAAUAAUUCAUUGAACACCCUUAAAGGAUUUCCCAAUUCCUCCACAACAACCGCAGCAACUGGCCCUACAAUGUUUGGUGCAUCAUAAUAAUUAUUGUUAUUCUGUUCCUUAUCCAAUUCUCCUAGAAUAAACUCAUUUAUUACAGCAUAAGCCAUGAUUGUUUUGCAAAACAUAACCUACGUUUAGUGUCACACCAGUGUGUGUGUGUGUGUGUUUUAUUCAAAUAUUCGCGCCAUCCGAAUACUCAAAAGUACGCGCCAAACAGCAUCGACCGGUCGAUGUCUGGUUGUCGUUCCAUGGGAUAACCACUGAACUCUAUACUAACUGGAAUGGACUAGCAACACAAAGAAAGUGAGGCAGCUGGUAAAGAUAGGCAACUCGCAUUGCUGUGGGAUUCGUCAU